UGUCUGGGUAACCCCAGCACGUCUGAAGACCCCAGAAUCUGAAGGCCUGCCUCCACUUCCCUUCUGGGGCCAUGACCCAAGGAGGUAGGGCAUACUCAGAUGAAUCGUGAUUGAGUCACCCCAGAUUGGCAAAUGCCCCUUAAAGCCCAAACAUUGGCCUCCACCCAUCUGGGAAUGAGGGGUGACUGGCUGCUGUGCUCUAGUUGUUGAGGCCUCUUAGGAUCUUGGGAACCCCAUCUUUGAGCUCCGCCCCACAGCCCCACCCCUCUCUGGAAGGGAAAAGGCACUUGCUGGUAGCUCUCCUCAGGCACUGGGACCUGGAGCUGGAGGACCACAGAGACAGACUGCUGCUGCUUGCCGCAGCCUGAGCCAUGGACCCCCAUGAGAUGCUUGUGAAGAAUCCGUACGCCCACAUCAGCAUCCCUCGGGCUCAGCUGCGGUCUGACCUGGGGCAGCAGUUAGAGGAGGUUCCUUCCUCAUCUUCCUCCUCUGAGACUCAGCCUCUGCCUUCAGGAACCAGUACGCCAGAACCAGUGAGCCUCCUACAAACUACGGAAGCCUCGGGGCCCAAAGGUAUCAAGGGCAUCAAGGGUGCGGCUCCUGAGCAGAGCCAGCAGACCUGGCACUCGCCCUGCGACCCCUAUAGCAGUGGGCAACGUCCGUCAGGACUGACCUACGCCGGCCUGCCGCCUGUGGGGCGUGGUGACGACAUCGCCCACCACUGCUGCUGCUGCCCUUGCUGCUCCUGCUGCCACUGCCCUCGCUUCUGCCGUUGUCACAGCUGUUGUGUUGUUUCCUAGCUGACUGCCCAGCCUCCAGGGCCUUGGGGCCCAGGUUUCUGCUCAAUGCCAAAGCAGUGCUGGACAUCAGGAGCAGCCAUUGUCAGGAGCAUCAGCCGUUUCCUGCCCUGGGCAGGGGAGCCUGCCCACCAGGAAGGCUCAGCUGGAGCCCUCUGGAAUAGGUUCCAGCCAUUAGCCAUGCUGGCAGCAACAGGAAGACCCUUCACGUCCUGCAAGACUUGGC